AAUACCAUGGGGGAAUCAGUGAGUGAAAUUUCCAAUAUUUGCCGGUUUUGUCUGUCUCAAGAUGGAUUAAUACCUAUUUCGAAAGCUACCGCUUCCCUUUUCACCAUCGAAGAUGUAGAACACUUCACUGGCAUUCAGAUCUCCGAUGAGAAACAGCUAUCGUUCGCAAUGUGUGAAAAUUGCUGCAAAACGUUGGAAAACUCGACUUCCUUCCGCAGAACAUGUACCAAUAAUGAUGUGAUAUUCAAGCAGCUCUUUUCUAUACUCGUCGAAAGUGUAGGUGCCGAUGUAAAAGACGAAUCUUUACAUAUUUCAAGUGAAGAUCAAUUUAAAAUAGAAGACUCACUUAUUGAUGAAUGGCCAUCAAGUGGGAAAAACCCCGAAUACACUGACCAAAUUAUGGAUAGCUCAACAGUUCAAAGAUGUACCGAAAAAACGAAAUUGAAAAAUCUAAAUCGAACAAAAAUAUCAAACAAGUUGCGUACGAAAAGAGCGGGUUCCAAAAAAAGACAUCUAUGUUCUAUUUGUGGCAAGUUCGUAGCCCACAUCAGUUAUCAUAACAAUGAGCAACAUACGAAAGCAAAACUUUAUGACUGUAUCUAUUGUCCUAAAAAAAUGACUAGCUCAUGGAAUAUGAAAAAGCACAUCACGUUAGUGCAUGAAAAGAAAAUAAGUAAAACUUGUGAACUAUGCGGAAAAGGGUUUAUUCAUCCACAUACCUUCAAGACUCACAUGAUGACUGAACAUGGUAUAGGUAAAACAUACGAAUGUAAGGAAUGCUCAAUGACAUUCCAGCAGAGAGCCUAUUAUAAAAGACACAUCAUCAGAUGGCACACAGUCCAAAAAGAUUAUACAUGCACAAUUUGUAACAUAACUUUCAAUCAAAAAUCAAAACUAAACAUUCACCAACGGGUGCAUUCUGAUGAGCAACCUUACGCAUGCAAAACUUGUCCAAAGCGUUUUAAAAGUCCUUAUGCGAGAAAAACACAUGAAUUAACGCACACAGGAAUUCGAUUUUCCUGCGAUCUCUGCAAACGAUCAUAUCGGUAUAAAACUCUACUAACCAUGCACUACAGAAAAGAUCAUCAUAAUGUAAAAAUUACUGCGGAACAAAAUAAUCUUAGCCAAAAUGUGUAAGUUUUGAUUAUGUGUAUUAAAUAAAGUUCACAAACGUAGAUCCUAAGUCAGCUUCAUAAUAAUGGCCGAUGUUCUCCUAACGGCUUUCUUAGACGUUUGAGAUUAGUUUCCCUAGAUGUUGCUUUUACUUAAUUCGCAUUUGUUUAAGUUUAAUCGGGUCGUUAGAAAAUCUCCGUUUAAUCAGCGAACGUAUAGGCACCACUUGAGUGUAUGGCAUGUUACUCAUAAAGAGUACACGUGCACGACUUGCAGUAACGCUUUUUUUUAAAUUAACCUUGUCCAUGUAAAACAUGUUCAAAGCACUGGAAUUCACGAGUUAACUAACGCAUGGGCUCGAUUUGCAU